AUGGAUCCUAUGGAGAGCAUGACCCAGAACGUGGGGCCCAUCCCCGCGGGCUUCAACCCCGAAGAAGCUGGCAACAUGGAAGAUAUGGAGAAGCAGUUUGCCGUCAAGGUCGUCCAGCACAUGCAGACCUACUGGUCUAUCCUCGAGCGAGUCAAGGGCUCAACGCUGCGCCUGACCAAGAUGGACGAUGAGAUUUACGCACACCUGAUGACCGCCUUCCCCGAGUUCGACGCCGCCGCUGUUGUCGACGAGGACGUCAUGAAGAGCAAGACUGGCAAGGAGCGCUGGAGAAACUUCAUGAUGACGUACGAGAAGUUGGUAGAGGACUUUAACUUUGGCACCAUGGUGCGCAACAGCCACUUGGUCGACUACGAGGAGGACACUACUAUUUUCGUCCCCCGCAUGCAGUUCUACGCCAUUGAGAUCGCCAGAAACAAGAAGGGCCUCAACGACUGGAUUUACGAAAAGGCCCAGGCUGAGAAGGAGAAGAAGUAA